GCAAAUUCUUCACAAAAAUGAUUAACACUGAUGGCGUAUCCAAUACAAACUUGUUCACUGUUCAGUCUACAAACUUAAAUAAAUAUGGCUUGUUUAAGUGUUAUAACUUUAAUCGUUCAUAUUUCAGUGGUUAUUGGACAAGUAUCAGGGGAUUUGACUCAAACCCUUAGUCAAUAUGACAGUGUCACAGAUUUUGAGAUACAUAGUAUAUCUGAGAGAGACGUGUCUGGUAUGUCAGUGCCAAGAAAGAGGGUAAAGUUUGCUGGAAAUAAAAGAAAUUAUUCUGUUAUUCUGAAACCGGUAACAGGAUUGUUUGCUGACGACUUAAAGACAGUGUUUGAUGAUGGAAAUGGUAGAAGAAAAUCAUUUAUGUUCAACAAAAAUAACUUUUUUGAGGGUGUACUUGAAGGUGACAAGAAAAGCAAUGUGCAUGCUUACUUUGACGAGGACGAUACAAUGACAGCAACCAUCAGCUCCGAGGGGGAAGACAUUGUUGUAGAGCCUGAAUGGAGACAUAUGAGGUCCAAAAAGAAAAGCUCUGGAAUGAUUAUGUACUCAGUCAAAGACAUGAAAUGGCCAAACACUGGAACAAACUCCAGUGGAUACAACUUCUGUGGAGCUACACAUGAAAAUGGGAAGCAUGAUAGCAAAGAAAUUAUGUUCUCAAAACAUAUGGAAGACAACAAUCAUCAUAGAACAAAGCGUGCGAGCAACGUAAACUGUCGACUGAUCACCGUAGCAGACUACAAGUUCUUCCAGAGCAUGGGGAAUAGCAAUAAGUACACAACAGCAAACUACAUGGCUAGUGUGAUCGCUAAAGCCAAUCUGAUUUACAAGAGCACAAACUUUGGUGGAUAUUCUGGAUUAGGUUUUCUUAUUUCUGAGAUGAUCAUUCACACUUCCCCCACGGUAGUCAGCGGAGGUGUAUUUCAUUACAAUAUGGAGAAUGGGCCUUGGAGAAGUAACUCUAAAGGCCUUCUUGAUAGUUUCAGUAGCCUUGCUAAUCAGUGGAGCGAUUUCUGCCUGGCUCAUCUCUUCACUCACCAGCCGUUCGACAACAAUGUGUUAGGACUGGCUUAUAUUGCUGGCUCUCGAGCUACUGACAUUGGCGGUCUCUGCUCUCCCCUGACCUACCUGAAUGGAGUGCAGGUGUCCUUGAACACAGGGUUCACCAGCACCAUGUAUUCCUCCGGUUCUACCGUUCUCUCCCGGCAAGCCGAGCUGGUCACUGCUCAUGAACUUGGACACAACUGGGGGAGUGAACAUGACCCAACUUCUGGGGAUUGUGCCCCAUUUUUUUUCGGAGGAAAAUACCUGAUGUAUCCCUACUCUGUGUCUGGUGAUGACUCCAACAAUGAGAAAUUUUCCAGCUGCAGCAUUAAUUAUAUUUCAAGAGUGCUCAGUACCAAAAUUGGCUGCCUCUCUGGGUCAGCUACAGAGAGUUUGUGUGGAAACGGGAGGAUAGAUCAGGGAGAACAGUGUGAUGGCGGCUACCUAGGGAAGUUUGGACUUGAUGAGUGCUGCAACCAAGAUUGUACUCUCAACUCUUUCAAAAGUGCUGUCUGCACACCAGCUAAUUAUGGUUGCUGUUCCUCCAGUUGCCAGAUCCAAAGUGCCAACGUCUUCUGUAAUGGAGCAGAGAAAUGCAAACAAAAUUCCUUUUGUGAUGGUACCAGUUUGUCCUGUCCAGUUGGUGCUAACAAACCUCAUGGAACUGUUUGCCCUGGGGGAUUUUGCAAUGCAGGGAAUUGUCAGCCUUUCUGUGAAUUCGCUGGUCUGACAUCAUGCGCCUGUUCUGACGUGGCCAACUCCUGUCGCCGUUGCUGUUUUAGUUCUGUUGCCGGGACGUGUUCUCCCUAUAACAGCACCGUUUACCUACCCAAUGGCUCGCCUUGUUCCACGGGGUACUGUUCAGGGGGGGUUUGUGUGGAAACAGAUCCGUCUCUAAGCGAGAGGUUCUUUGAUUUGUUGGAUAAAAUCAGCAUUGACUUUUUAGCGGAAACUUUCAAAACCAACAUGGUUGCCAUUAUUCAGGCAUUUUCCCUUGUCUUGUUUAUUCCCCUUUCUUGUGUGGUUUGGUGCAGGGAUCGACAAAAGCAGAAGCUGCUGAGAAAAGAAAUGAAUGCAAAAUGCAGAUUUGAUAGGACCCUGACCUUUGAUGAGGACAAGAGACAGGUCAAGAAGAAGAAGAAGAUGCCUCCAAAGCUUGUCCCUGCACCUCCUGAGGCUGUACAUUACCGAAUGGGGUCGCGAAGUGGUUCCCGCAAAAACCAGAUUACCCCCCACCCUAGAUACUAGUCCCUACGCAGCUGAUUACAGUGUAAACAUCAAGUUGGUUUUUUUGUGAUUUUUUUUUUAAUCUAAUACGUGUAGUCUCAAUUCUGUGAUAUUUGUGAUGGCAGUGUAUAUGCAUAAUAUUUUUAAGAUGUAUUUUUGUACCAAAGUUUCUGCAUGUAUCACCUUAUUUAGGUAUAUGCAUAUUUGUAAACAUUCUGUGUUGGAUCAAUUUUUAAUUCACUCUCGUAAAUUCAGUGACAUAUACAUUAUGAUAUUUUUUUUUCAAAUGUUAUGUGUGAUGAAUGCGUGUUGGUGUCUGUAACAUUUGUUUUAUUUAUAUUCAUUUAUAUUCAGAUACUGUCAUUACAGUUACAAAUCUCUAUAAUGAUUAAAAACUUUUACCAGCAGCUUUUACAUUUAUUUCCUGAUACAUGUACUAGCACUUUUUAAUCUUAGUUAUCAUUUUAACAUAAUAUUAAAAAGAUUUCUUUUUCAUAAAAUGUUUCACAAUUGAAAUAAGUUGAAAUUUAUACUUUUAAAAGAUACGAAAAAAUGAAAUCACUGAUUAUGAUAGCAUUUAUGGUUAUUUUGUAAACUAAACAGUAAACAGCAGUUCUGGUAAACUGGAAUUGUGUCUUUGUUAUAAAAAUAAUUUGAAAGAUAAAUAAAUGUGUAAUUACAAUGUAGUAUGAACAUAUUUAAUAUUAAAAUAGAUACAUCCCAUGUGUAUUGCCAUGUGGUAGUACAAUUGAAUGAUACUCCAACCUGCUUAUGAUACUUGAAAUUAUUUUAUUUUCAAAAACAUUAGUGAUGCAGACUAGUGUUGAAUUUAAAUUCAUCAUACUGGUACAUGUAUUCAUAAAUGUUGGUGAUUUUUCAAUGUUAUAUUUUUGCAAUUUCUUCUCUCUUGUUACUUUAUUUUUUUUAAAGACAUUAAUUGUAUGCUAGUAUUUAAGUAUAUAGUUUUUCAUUUCACAAGUUUAAAAAUAAUGUUUCUAAUUUCAUCAGUCUAGUGCCAUUUGUUAUUUUAUCAUUAUAAAUAAUAUGGUUAUAUAAUAUCCAAGUAUUUUUUUAACUGUGAAAGGGGUAAAAUUAUUUUUUUAUCGGUAAUCUUAAGUCUUUCUUUCGGUUAGAUUCUGGUCUCUUAUAUAUCUAGAAAGGUGUUCCUGAUUCUUAUGGACCCUUAUAAAUGAUAUGGAUGCCCCUAAAAUUUUUAUCAAUAAUUUUUGUGAAAUAUUUAUUCUUGGUUCACUCUUUAAAAAUUUCAGAUCAUUGUCUCCUCUGCAUAAAAGAAAAUGCUUAUGGAAUAUUGACAGUAAAUAACUAUAAAUCGUGUUUUAAGAAUAUCAAGUAGUUUUACGAGGGACCGUCUAAGAGGCCAAUUGACAAACACCAAUGAAAUCUUAAAAUAAAACUGUUUCUCUGGGCAUAGCUGUGCAUUUAGGACAUCUUAUUGUGUCUAUUAUUUUCGAUCUGUCUUGGAAAAUAAUGGAUGUAUUAUAAUUCUACUGUUUGCAUUUUUCCGACAGAGAUUUUCUGUAAAGGAAAGACCUAUAGUAUGUUGUACCAAUUGCAUAAUAUUUUUACAGUGUUAGACAUUUUUUUAUACAUUUUUAGAAUAAAAAUUAAUAUUACAAUCA